CUAUGAAAGAAAGCCUCUCCCAUGAGAAUUUGUCUACACUAACCAAGUGGUUUAAAUAAUACAUACUUUCAAAGUUUCAUUUGUGACCAUAUGAAGUACACUGGAAGCACAAGCUAUUGGACUCACUCCAUAAAUUGUAUUUUGGGAAAACCCGGCAACUUUUAUGAUAUUCACUUAUCUCUUAUCAAUAAAAACCAUAUUUCCGUUACAAUGACAAUAGUUCGGUAGAUAUUGUGAGCCAGUUGCAUUUAAUUAUUUCGCGGGUCUUACUAUUUUUCAAAUAAAAAUUUGUUAAUUGUCGGCUAAAGUAUAAAUAAAAUGAGUUAUUCUGUUGUACCAAUAGAAGAGGAAAAGCUUCAAGAGAAUGAGGAAAACGUCGCAAAAAGCCUCUAUCGGUGGAUUCAAGGAUUUAGCAAAGCGUGCGACAAUAACAGUAUCAAGAACAUUGCAAGGCUUCAAGACAACAAAGUCCUCAAAAAAUUCAUGCAAUUAGACACAAACUGUGAUUUUUCAACAACCGAAAAGAGAAAUAAAUUCAAAUACGAACACAUAGAAACUGUACUAAAUAAAUAUGACAUGGAUAAUAAGAACGCUAAGGAUGUAACGUAUUCUAUGUUCUUCGCAUCAGCCCUACUUGAUUUGGAUAAAUUGGCUAAAAUCAUUAAACUGAAGCCUAGUUUAAUUGACCAAACAAUAUAUUCGAACUCCGUGCUUAUUUUUACUCUCAAGUACGGAAACUUCUACAAGGAGAACUUCGUAGAUUGUGUGAAAGAAUUAAUCGAGUCUGGUGUCAACGUUAACAAAUGUGAUCUUGUCGGGAAAAGUGCGAUUGAUUACGUUGCUGAAUUAUACGAAGAAAAUAAAGACAACAGUGAUGUAGCAGCAAAGUUGAAGACUGUGGCCCGACUAAUUUUAAAUAAAACUGUAUACGGGAAUGACAAUAACAUGACCAAGAAUUUCCUCGAAAAAAUCAUGAACUUUGAUUUAAACACUCUUGCGGAGAUGGACGUUAAAACAAAGUUAUUUUACUGCAUAGUAAAGAACAAAAUAACGGAACUUCAGAAAUUGGAGGAUGUUGAACAAUACCUAAAUUGUGACACCGAAGAAAACACUUUACUGCAAAUAGCUUGCAAACGCAAUUGCACUUUGGAUGUCAUCCGCUGGUUGCUAAAUAAUGGUGCUGAUGUGAAUAUGAAGACGCCGCUAAAUCCCCUCACGCCGUUGGAAUUAGCAGCAACGCACAACAGUAUUAAGAUCUUCGAAGAAAUACUAAAGUGUAGAGAAACUAAGAUCGGAAAGGACCAUUUCAACAAUCUCAUCAAGUGGCAUAAAGGCUCCAUGAAAUCAAGAAUAUUUGAGCUUUUUUUGGAAUCAGACAAGAUAAAUGUUGAAUUCAAAUCUGAAGGGACUGGGAAUACACCCCUCCAUUACGCCGUUUGGUUCUCCUAUAAAACAGCGAUUCAAAAUUUACUACAGUGUGGAGCGUCUUUGACUGUAAAGAACAAUAAUCAAAAGUGCCCCCUUGAUAUAAUCGAUUCUGCAGACCUCGAGAAAUAUUUCGACAAUUGCAUAGCUUUGGACAACUACAACCAGCACUUUGCAAACCCCGAUUAUAAGAUGAACAUUCGUUUCACGUCUUUAAUCAAAGACGGCGAGUUGAAAGAAAGCACAGUUUUUUCGAAAAUUGGGAAUCGACCGAAAUUAGAACACCUUCUGACGCACCCCCUAAUCCAUUUAUUUAUUUUACUGAAAUGGCACCUAAUUCGCGUUUAUUUUUGGACCGUUUUGCUAGUUAAAGCGACAUUGUAUUCCCUGUUGGCUUAUUGCCUUUAUCAUCUCCCUGGUUUAUCAGCAGGCGGAUAUGCGUUUUGUGUAACACUGGCGGUAAUCAAUACUUUUAUAAAAAUACCGAUUUUCCUGUACUGGCAAAAAAAGGGCAAAAGAAAUGAAUUUCUCGUAAUGCAGCGCGCCCCUCUGCACGCUUUUCUAGAAAUAUUUUUAGUAAUAAUAAUGUGGGGCAGCUUUUUCCAGAACCAAUUCCGGGCCUUCGUUUUCAUCGCACUUGCCGUUUCGUUUCUCUUAACCACAGGUUACCACCCCAAACUGUCGAAAUGGUCGAUCAUGUUGCAGAAAGUUUUCAAAACUUUCACCAUUUUGUUGAUUUUUUUCUCGCUCAUAAUUGUGGCGUUCAGUGCUGGUUUUCAGAUGCUGUUCCCCGGGGAGGGACAGUUUCGGGAUUUUUUUAGCGCCGUUUUCAAAACGUACAUUAUGGCCACGGACGACUACAAUAUUGACGAACACACCGAUUUUGACUCGGCGGGAAUUGCGGGAUAUUUUAUGUUCCUGCUUUUUGCGAUGAGCAUUUCGCUGGUUAUUGUCAAUUUCUGGACCGGUGUUGCAGUGACUGACAUCGAACGAAUUGAAAGAACGUCGGUGGUGAACGCGUUUAGGAACGUCAUUAUUUUCAUGUCUUUCAUUGAGUGGGUUUAUAGGUUUGAAUUUCUGGGAAAAGUUCGGGGCUGUGUACCGAACCCUUUACUGUUUCCUGGUGAUUGCAAAACCAUUGACUUUUAUGCUAAUAAAGACAACCAGUUUGGAAAUGGUCACAGGUUUCCAAAAAACAUCGACAAAGAAUGCUUCAAUAAAAUACAAGAUCAUUACAUAAAAUGUACCAAAGAAAAACUUAACCAAAGUGAAAUCAUGAACAAAUUGAACCAGCUUUCGGAUGCGCUGAAUGAAUUAAAAAAGAAGUGUAGGUGUUUUGAGGACGAAACGCAAAAACCUCAAAGAAAACCUCGGGCAGUAAUUAACUGAGAGGUGGUUGUUAUAACAAACCAUUAAAACACAUACAAACUCUUUGUUUCAAUUUCAUUUUUAAUUGGACAUUUUUUGCGUGAUCUUAGCUCAAAAUAAUGUAGUUCUGGUUGUAAUUUGAUGGUUAUAGGAACAUAUGCUGUCUGUUGUUUAUUAAGAUAUUAAAUAUUUAGUAA